AUGACAUGCAUUGCUGUUGGGUCUCACAGAUCAGCUGAGCGCAGGCGUAGCUCCGUGGUGGUGAGCUUGCCAGGACCUGAGGUGUACCCUGGAGACCUGCUGGUGUCAGACAAUGCCUUGGACUACCUGCCCCACACAGCCCUGCUGCUAAACGCAGACUCCAAAAAGCCAAGGUGGCCUUUUGCCAAAAGAGGAGUUGGUAAAGACAAUCAGAAGCAAGCAUCUGAUCUGGAACACUUUCUUUCAACCAUUAAGGCAGUAGAUUGUGGCAUAUAUGAUUUUCGCUGUUUCAAGUUAUCAGAGCUCAACAAACUGAGCAAAAACAUGAACAGCCAACUGCAAGUGAAAAAAGAAGAAGCAGUGUGGGAACUUUUCACAAGUGAAUGCACUUACUUUCUGGAUCAUUUACUGGUUCUCAAGAUGAUAUUUAUGAGGACUCUAAAAUACCUCCAGAGUAAUGAAUUUCUCUUGGACAUGGACUUAUGGAGACUUUUUGCAAACUUGGAGGAAUUAAAUAAGGUAAAAAAUAAGCCUCAGCUCUGUGGAAAAUUUUUGGAAACUGUGAAGGAAUAUGUCAGUGAAUCAGGAUCACCUAUGAACUUCAUCUCCGCACUCAGAAAGUUUUUCCAGGGUGACCUCUGCCAGACACACCAGAUUUAUUGCCUCAAUCAUACCACCACUGUCUUCUACUUGGAAAAGCUGAGACAGAGGGAAGAUUUUGGCAUCUACCUGAAGUGGUGUGAGCAGGAGGAGCAGUGCAGGAGGCUGCACCUGACGGAGCUGCUGGUGGUUCCUCUGCACCGCCUGACCCGCUAUCUCCUCCUCCUGAACAACAUCUGGAAGAGGAGCACUGACAAAACAGAGAAAGAUUCUAUCUGGUCACUUGAAGAGAAAGUGGAAAAGUCCAUACAGGAUCUGGAAGGUAAAGUCAAGUGUUUGGACAACUUUCAGAAAUUCAGGCAGCUCCAUGAGGUCAUAAUUUGGCCUGAAGUCUGGGAUCAUUACAAGAGAUUCUUUGUCCCAGAGUGUUUGAAACAAAGCUUGAGAGAGAACAACAGUGAAAACAUUCUGUCUUCAGCAAGCAGACUUCUUCACGACAGGAGGCUGACACUGGCAGAAAGCACAAGACUUCUUGAUGUCUACCUCUUUCUAUUUGAUGAUUUCCUAUCAAUCACCAAAAUUAAACAUAACGAAAAGAAAUACGGGGGCUCAGACACAGGCUUAACCCUUGUCUGUCCUUCCCUUGCUCCAGAGCUGCAGUCAGUUGUAAGAGAAGGUGGCUUUUGCCAAGUCUUGGACCAACCCAUCACACUGGACAGACUAAUACUGAAAAAUGUUGAUGCCAUCCAUGUAACAGUUUUCAGCCUGUGAAAUGCUUUCCUAAUACAGCAUGAAAAUAGGUAUCGGCAGUGCAUGGCAGUCUUCCUGCUACAAGCACAAACAGAGUCUGCCAAGAAAACAUGGAUGUCACAGAUAGAAAGAGCAAUCUCCAAUUACAUGAAGUGAUAUGAAACCAAGAAAAGCACACUCCUCUGCUCGAUAGCUGAAUUUGCUGAAAUUUAA